AUGGAGAGGGAACUUCAGAGAGUUAGCUGUGGAGGGAGGAACGUUGGCAUCACCUUGGCAGUGGCAGCAUGGAAAACAAUGGCUCUGGUGUCUCACCUGUGUGAUGCGAGAGGGGACAUUUACCGAGCUGGGAAGAGACCUCCGGUGAAAGCUAAUGGAGACUGUGGGCAGGGCAUUGAAGUGAUCUGGAACAGUUCUGUUAAACACAAGGAUGUCUCUGAAUCGAUUCUAGCCUGUCGGGAUGUAGGGACCUCUCAAGCUCAUGCCACAGCUCUCGCUGAGGCACUGGAUGCUCACCAGCCAAAGGCUGAGAUGGGCAAAGACAUAAACAAAUGUCUGUUCACACCAGAUGGGGCAAUGAAACAGACCAAUGAAAUCACUUUAACCAAGGAUAUUGAGGCCACUUACAGGAAUAUGAGUGAGAGGGGGGCAGGGAGAGAGAGAGAGAGAGAGAGAGAGAGAGAGAGAGAGAGAGGCAAAGACAGAGAAAGACAACCUCUGCUAGAGAGUAGGCAAAUUAGGGUAACAGAAAAGGAUGUAACUAAGGGGAAACAUGAUGAUGGAAGAAAAAAGGAAGCAAAAAUUAAACAAUUGAUGAUUAAACUCAAGAAAGCACAAGAGAGCUGGAAGGAGAUGAAGCUGCUGCUCAACAUGUAUAGCUCUGCCCCAAAGGAACAGGGAGACAAAGUGCAGUUAACGGCAGCUGAGAAUACGUCUAAGGCAGAGUCGGAAGAUCUCAGACAAAGACUCAAGGAUCUGGAGGAUAAGGAGAAGAAAGAGAACAAGAAAAUGGCUGAUGAGGAUGCCCUGAGGAAGAUCUGGGCUGUGGAGGAGCAGAUCGAGUACCUGCAGAAGAAGCUGGCCAUGGCCAAGCAGGAGGGAGAACAUCUCCUAGCUGAGAUGGAUGUCACAGGCCAGGCCUUUGAAGACAUGCAAGAGCAGAAUAUCUGCAUAAUGCAGCAGUUGCAGGAGAAGGAUGAUGCAAAUUUCAAGCUCAUGUCAGAGUGGAUCAAGUCCAAUCAUAUCCAUAAAUUUCUUAAAGAGGAAAAGGAGGAGUUAGCCAACCAGGUUUUGACUCUGAAGACUCAGGUGGAUGCCCAGUUGCAAGUAGUGAGAAAACUGGAAGAGAAGGAGCACCUUCUUCAGAGUAACAUCGGCACAGGAGAGAAGGAGCUGGGCCUCAGCUCCCAAGCCCUGGAGAUAAAUAAGCACAAGGCAAUGGAGGCGGCCCAGCUUGCAGAUGACCUCAAAGUGCAACUGGAGAUGGCUCAGAAAAAGCUCCAUGACUUUCAGGAUGAGAUCGUGGAGAACAGUGUCACCAAGGAAAAGGAUUUGUUCAGUUUCAAAUAAGCCCAGGAGGACAUCUCUAGACUUCGAAGGAAGCUGGAGACCACCAAAAAGUCAGACAAUGUGCCGAAGUGUGAUGAGAUUCUGAUGGAAGAGAUAAAGGACUACAAGACACGACUGACCUGUCCCUGCUGUAAUAUGCGAAAAAAGGAUGCAGUGUUAACCAAGUGUUUUCAUGUAUUAUGCUUUGAGUGUGUGAAGACGCGCUAUGACACUCGCCAGCAGAAGUGCCCCAAGUGUAAUGCUGCUUUUGGUGCCAAUAAUUUCCAUCACAUCUACAAUGGCUGA